CUCUGCGUCCCUUUGCAGAAGUAAAACGGCGUUGUUCGAUAAAUUAUUGAAGCACGUGGAUUUAUAUUCGUUUUAGGUGAUUUAGGCGUAUAUUUUAAUCAUUAAAAAAUGGAACCGCGAGGGAAAGGAAGGGCUCGUGGUAGGUCGGUACCUGCUGCAGUUCCUCCAACAGCUCAGAGGCCUGGAGUGCCUCAGCAGCAACAGCAAGGUGGGCCCCCGAGGCCUGCUCCGGGUUUUGGAGGGCCUCCAGCUCCUCAAGGAGCCUGGGCUAAUCGUGCCCCGCAACAGCAACAGCCCCCAAGGCCCCAGCAUGUUCCCCAGCAAGCCCCAUGGGCUAGGCAGGCAGCUCCUCUACAAGCACAACAAGAGGUUGCCGGUCGUGGAACGCGCCAAGGCGGCGGUGGCGAUCAUGCCGUCCCCCCUGCAGCCAGCGGCGGCAUUCCUAACGUGAUCCUCGGCCAGGGAGACGGUGGCAACCAGGACCCACCAGGUUCGGCUGGACGUCGCGGUGGCGGCGGCGGCAAUGGCGGCGUGCGUGGUCGCGCCACCCGUAACGAAAUCAUUAAAACCCGUCCGGAAACGUUACAAAGCAAAUGCGGCACUUCCGGUGCCCAUCUAAAGCUGCAAGCCAACUAUUUGGAGCUAAUCCAAGCCGGAAAAUGGUGUCUUAACCAGUAUCGGGUUGACAUGGUCCCGGAAUUGGACAACAUCGGCGAACGCAAAGGUCUGAUGCGUUUGGCGAUGAAAGACGUGCUCAACGGCUAUCUGUUCGACGGCACCGUACUUUACACAGUACAAACCAUUAACCCCGACCCGUUGGAAAAGUUUGUCGAAUCGGCAAACGGCGAAAAAGUCCGCAUCACGGUCAGAAGGGUGGGCGAUGUCGCGUGGGGAGACUACCACUACAUCCAGUUGUUCAACAUCAUAAUCAGGAAGUGCUUGCACUAUAUGAAGUUUCAGCUGGUGGGAAGGUCGUAUUACGAUCCGACUUCGAAGAUCCAAAUCCACGAGCACAAAUUGGAAUUGUGGCCGGGGUAUUUUACAUCGAUGCGCCAGCAUGAGAAAAAGAUUUUGAUGACAAUUGAUGUGGAUUUCAAGGUGCUGCGGACUGAUAACGUUUACGAUAUGAUGUGUCAAUCGCGAGACGCCCGCGCCUUUCAAAACAGCGUUAUCGACUCCGUGGUUUUGACGUACUACAAUAACAAAACGUAUAGAAUCGACGAUGUAGAUUUUAAGGCAAAUCCGAAAUCCACCUUCGCCACAAGAGAUGGCGGACAGAUUUCCUACAUUGACUAUUACAAGCAAAAGUAUAACAUACGCAUUCAGGUUGAGGACCAACCGUUGCUGGUGUCGCGCAGCAAGCCGCGCGAAAUCCGUGCCGGCAUGCCGGAAACCGUCAUCCUCAUACCGGAACUGUGCAAACUGACCGGUCUCACGGACCGCCAGCGCGAAAACUUCCAGCUGAUGAAAUCGCUGGGCAAUUACACGCGCGUCGCUCCCCAAGGUAGGAUCCAGAAGCUGAUGGAGUUCUGCCAGCGCAUGCGCGCCUGCAAGGAGGUGAUCGACGAGUUGAAAAGAUGGGAUCUGCAGAUAGCCAACACGUUGAUCGAGUUGCCGGGCAGGCAGCUACCCCCCGAGAAGAUUUUCGCCGGCAAUCAAAAGCAGUUCUCCGCAGGUCCGCAAGCCGACUGGACCAGGGAUCUAAGGAGCGCCCCUAUGCUUGUCAACGCCGAUAUGUCGCGCAUGGCGGUCAUCUGCCCGAACAAGAUGGCGCGCGACGCCAACGACUUCAUCGGCAUCCUGCAAAAAGCCGCCCAAGGCAUGUCAUUCCAGAUAAAACCAAAACUUUUUACCAUACAACGCGACGACAUCAACAGCUACCUCGAACAGAUCGAGGAGGUCACCGGCAUGAACCCCACUUUGGUGAUGUGCAUUUUGCCCAACCCCACCGUCGACCGGUACUCCGCCAUCAAGAAAAAGUGCACGGUUGACCGCGGCCUGCCCAGCCAGGUGAUCCUGGCCAAGAAUUUAACCAGCAAGGGGGUUAUGUCUAUUGCCACCAAAGUCGCCAUUCAGCUCAACUGCAAGAUCGGUGGAGCCCCCUGGUCGGUUCACAUGCCGCUUCCCGGGCUGAUGAUUGUGGGAUACGAUGUGUGCAGAGACUCUGCAAAGAAAUCCAAAAGCUUCGGCGCGUUCGUCGCCACCCUCGACAAGGGCGCCACGCGUUACAUUAACUUCGUAAACGAGCACGAACAUCAGGAGGAGCUCUCCAACCACUUCGCCACCAACAUGAUUUUGGCGUGCAAAGCGUAUGAAACGCAGAACGGCGUAAAACCAAAAUGCAUCUUGAUUUAUCGCGACGGCGUCGGCGAGGGUCAACUUCCGUUCGUGCACGAACAAGAAGUGAAAAAUAUUGAGCAAAAGCUUAAGCAGGAGCUGUAUGGCGACACCGAAUUCAAAAUGGCGUUUGUCGUCGUCAGCAAGAGAAUUAACACAAGGAUUUUCCACAAAGCCGAUAACCCUCCACCUGGCACCGUAGUUGAUGACGUCAUUACCUUGCCUGAAAGAUACGAUUUCUUCAUCGUUUCGCAAUGCGUGCGACAGGGCACAGUGGCCCCAACAUCAUACAACGUCAUCCACGACACUAUCGGUCUUCCGCCAGAUAAAUUGCAAAUACUUACUUAUAAAUUAACACACAUGUAUUAUAACUGGUCGGGAACAGUGCGCGUGCCGGCUCCCUGCCAAUACGCGCACAAAUUGGCCUUUUUCACCGCCAAGUUUUUGCAUAGGCAGCCACAUAGGGACCUAGCAAACACCUUAUUCUACUUGUAGACACAUUCAUGAUGUUUCAUUCGUUUCUCUCUUUUCCACUUUUCGACGUUAUUGAAUAAGAGUGAAACUUUGUUUUGAUAUAAUUUAUGUUAUAAUCUCAUAAAUAUUUGAUUUUUUAGUUUUAGACUUGUAACUUGUUAAUUUUUUAUAUUCAGACCCUUGAUAAUCAAGGCUUUAUUUUUAAGAAAUUUCCCUUUUCUUUUCAAAAAUAUGAAACAAAUUAUACUUAAG